ACAACCACAAAAGGAGCUAGCUAGGCUGCCUCAGCUAGACCCUGUGCGUGCCGAUGAUCAACCAAUCGAUUGAUCUGAUCUGCCCCCAACCAGCAGAUUGGAUCGAUCGUGAAUUCGCUGUUCCCCACUUCAUGAGCUUAGCAAUACUCCAAGGUUCCAAGCAACAAUGGAGGAGAGGAGAGGAGAAUCUAGUACUACUAGUGCUAUUGCUUUGUUAGAUCAUCCCUAACGCAAAGUGAGCAACAUAAAAGGGCAUGCAAAACGAACAAGCGCAGGAAAAUAAAAGGCAAACCAGAAAAGAGAAGAGAGCCAAAUACUAGUACUUGCACCAGUACUACUCCUAGCAACUAUAGUCAGGCAUCAGGCCAUCAGGGGCAGGUGCGGCUCCCUGCCCAGCCUACGGAGAAAAAAGAGCCCCAAAAGCAGCCGCGAGAUAGACAGUGAAAGGAACCGAGAGAAAAGAUCCCCUACCUCCGUCCCUCCCUAGUACUCUCUUCCUCACGCACUCCACUCUGUACGCUGGUGGACAAGCAAAGCCAUAGGUGCGUGCGUGAUCGAGGUCGGAAGGUUAGGAGAUGGCGUGGUGGGCAGGGGGCAUGGGCGGCCACGGCCUGGACCUCGGCAACCACCUGGCGCAGCAGUUCGGCGGGAGCGGCGUCAUGGCAGAGCAAGCCCCAACGACACCAAACAGCAGCGGUAGCAACAACAACCACCACGACGAAUCUUCCGGCGCCGGCGCCCAGGGCCAAGAUUCCCCCUCUGCCGGCGCCGGCGAAACCUCUCCCACCCCAAACGCCACCUCUGGCGGCAGCGGCGGCGGAGGGGGUUCGUCUUCGGGGAGGAGGCCGCGAGGGAGGCCGCCGGGAUCCAAGAACAAGCCCAAGCCGCCCAUCAUCAUCACCAGGGAGAGCCCCAACACGCUGCGGUCGCACGUGCUGGAGAUCGCCAGCGGGGCCGACAUCAUGGACGCCGUGGCCACGUUCGCGCGCCGGCGGCAGCGGGGGGUCUCCGUGCUGUCCGGCAGCGGCGUCGUCGGCAACGUCACGCUGCGCCAGCCCGCGGCGCCGCCUGGGGCCGUCGUCACGCUCCACGGCCGCUUCGAGAUCCUGUCCCUCUCCGGGGCCUUCCUCCCGUCCCCGUGCCCUCCGGGAGCCACGGGGCUCGCCGUGUACCUCGCGGGCGGGCAGGGCCAGGUCGUCGGGGGCACGGUCGUGGGGGAGCUCGUGGCCUCGGGCCCCAUCAUGGUCGUCGCGGCCACUUUCUCCAACGCCACCUACGAGCGCCUCCCGCUGGUCGAUGAAGAGCUGGCAGCAGCUACAGGUGACGCGGUGCCCACUGGGUCCGAUGGGAUGCAGCAGUUGCCGGAAGGACCGCCGCCUCCGGGUGCGGGAGGAAAUGGCGCCGUGAUGGGUGGCGGGCUGCCACCUGACUCCGCGUCUAUGCCAUUCUACAGCAGCCUGCCGCCCAACCUGAUCCCAAACGGUCAGAUGCCGCAGCAUGAUGUCUUUGCUUCCUUCCGGCCGCCACCGCCGGCUUUCUAGUUCUAGCUACUACUCCUGCUUAAUUAGGUGUCUUUUUUUUGAGGUUAUAAUUAGGUGUCUUUGUCCGCUCUCUUUUCCUUCCUUCACAUAUGUAUCAGUGUGUUUGUUCAAUCUCUCCAUGUUUUAAUUCUUGCUGUUUAAUUAGUUAGUUUCUCGGUCGUUGCUCUGUUUGCUUCGGAUGGAAUGAAUCAAUGCAAGGAGAAAGCUCCAACUUCAAUCAAA